AUGCUCUUCCCCAUGUAUACCGUGGCUUCACAUGUGCUCCUCCAGAUGACAAGCGUCGAGCCGCACGAGAAGUUGAAGGUGAGGGGCGAUCUGUGCAUCUUCAGUCACAGCAUGGGCAAGGCAGCGUUUGUUUCGCACCAGUGGGUUGCCACGCACCAUCCAGAUCCCGAAUUCAAGCAGAUGAAGGUCUUGCAAGAUGUUGUGAAGCGGCUGCUGAGCAGCAGUGGGUCAAUUUCAGUGGACAUCACCACCGAAUCCCUAGUGCGAACGGCCAAGCCGCUCCGCAUGCAGGAGCUCCAGGCGCAGGCACUAUUCUUUUGGUACGAUUAUUUUUCGUGCCCACAGCUGGAGCGCCGGCACGGUUUUGGUGCAGAUGACGAGGAUGGCAGCAAGCAGGCCCAUGCCAUCAAUAGCAUCCCCGCCUACGUCACCAACUGCCACUUUUUUCUGGCUCUUUGUCCGGUGAUCGAUUGCUUUGAGGAGAACAAGGUGCUCUCACCGCUCACGUGGAGUCGAAGAGGGUGGUGUCGCGUGGAAAGAAUCGCGCGUGAGCUGUCGGAAGAAAAUACCUGGGUUCUGAUCCAGAGCAGCACAUUCAUGGAAGUUGUUGGCACGCUGAAUUCCUUUCCGGCUGGCAUGGUCGGGGAGGGCAAUUUCACAGUCCAGGAGGAUAAGCAUAAAUUAGGCCCGGUGAUGCGGCAGAUUAUUGUGCAAAACCUGAAGCAGUGCCUGCGAUCUGGCGACCUGCCCGGAUUCCGGCGCUACUUCAAUCUAAAUGGCGUCUACCUGCGUGAGCUUCAGGUCGAGUCUUUUAGCGGCUUUCUUCCCAGCGGCGACGGCCGAGCCGGUAACGCAGUGGCGGAGUUCCUGCAUCAAAACGGCUUCAGGAGAAUUGGAGAGGUAGACAAAGCGGGGUGGCGGCCUCUGCACUAUGCGGCACUGGGUGGGAACGCAGAAGUUCUGAAGGGCAUGCUGGAGCAGCGUGCCAACGUGAACUGGCGCACAUCGAAGGAUGUGCCUGCCAUGGGCAAUCCACCCUGGAUGUCGGCACUGGAUAUUGCAUCGGGUGCGAAGCACUACCAGGCUGCACGGUUGCUUAUCGAAGCCAGGGCCCAUCUUGAAGGUGGGCUCCUGCCUUCCCUCAUGUGUGCCACCUUCCCCAACGAUGCGGAGAUUAUCCGACUGCUCUGCGAUGCAGGUAGCAAUCCACUGCACCGGAACCUUAUUGGGAACACCGCCUACCUGGCUGCGGCGGGUCAUGCGGCAACAGAAGCCUUGGAGGAGCUCGUGGCACAGGUCGACCCAGGCCCACUGGAGCUUUCACGAGCCCUGCAGUUUGCCGCAGCUUUUCGGGGCGGAUCGGCUAAGCUGGUGCACCGAUUGAUCGGCCUGCGCGCUGACAUCAACUUCCAGAUCCACAUGCCGCGCGACGCGAAGUCUUUGGGCCGGCUGCUGGCCGUUGUGAAGUCCUUGCAGCAUCGAUUUGGCAAGACCAGUGUUCUGACGUUUUAUUCCUAUCACUUGCAGGGCAUCUCGCCAUUGAUGCAGGCCAUCCAGUCGGCUCAGUUUGAGGCCGCCGCGGCCCUGAUUUCUUUCGGUGCUAAACUGGAUCUUCGUAACGGCAGAAAUUGGACUGCAGCGGACUUCGCCAAGGGCCAGUCUAUCCCACACUUCUUGCAGUUGGGCCUGCAGGGGGAUCCGUCUGAGUGCCAUACGGUCUGUGCGCUGGCGCUGGCUGACAGUGAUGAGGGAUGUGUGUCAGUGCGUUUCUGA